UCUGUCAUAUAAGCUAAAACAAAGUAGAAAUCUAGCGAAAGUAGUCAAAUAUUAUAUUCCCACUGGUUUAUGUCUUCAAUCAAAGCCGGGAAGCUUCAGUGUCAUCACCAUUGUUUGAUUACUCUCUCCUUCACUUCCUAUAAAUAUCCAUCAAUUCUUCUCGCUUUCCAUCAAUUAAUCAAAUCCCACUUCCACAACCACACACCCUUUGAUUUCCAUUACUUUAAGAAGCUCCUGAUCCUCCGCCAUGGCUGACGUUGACCGGAGGAAAAGAAUCAAAAUUGAAGAUAAGAAGGUAAAGGGGACAUUGGUUUUGAUGAACAAUCACUCCAUUUCCACCAUCAAAGACGAGGUUCUUUUGGGCCGGAAAGUCUCUCUGCAACUCAUCAGUGCUGCCCACUGUGAAUCUACUGCCAGGGGUAUCAGAGGGAAGCUAGGAAAAGAGACAAACUUGAAGAACUGGGUGAGCACAGUGAUCACUCGUUCAACAAAAGGCGAUUCAACCUUCGAUUUAGACUUCGAUUGGGAAGAAGAAAUUGGGGUUCCAGGGGCUUUCUUGAUCACCAACAGACACAACUCAGAAUUCUACCUUAAAACUUUGACAUUAGAAGAUGUUCCAGAUUGUGGCCGUGUUCAUUUCAUCUGCAAUUCUUGGGUCUACCCAGAAGAACAUUACAACAAGCAAUAUCGCAUUUUCUUCUCUAAUCAGACAUAUCUUCCAUGGAAGACACCAGAGGGUUUACGCCAUUAUAGAGAGGAAGAGUUGGAGGAGUUAAGAGGAAAUGGGACAGGAAAGCGUGAAGAGUGGGAGAGAGUGUAUGACUAUGAUGUCUAUAAUGACUUAAGUGAACCAGACAAAGGUUCAGACCAUGUUCGCCCUACUUUUGGUGGGACCCCUGACUACCCUUAUCCUCGUAGGUGUAGAACAGGCCGACCUCCAUCAAAAACAGAUCCAGAAACAGAAAGCAGGGUUCCGAUUUUGCAGAGUUUAACGAUUUAUGUCCCGAGGGAUGAAAGGUUUAGUGACUUGAAGAUGGGAGAUGUUUAUGCUUAUGGAAUAAAACUCGUAUCUCAAGGGUUACUACCUGGUUUUGAGGCUGUUUUGGACAAGAUUUCAGAUGAAAUAGUUGGGACACUUGAAAAUAUUCUAAAACACAAAUUUGAAACUAUACCAAACAACAAAUUUAAUGAAGAAUUGUUUCGUUCUGAUGGAGAACACGUGUCAAAAUUCCCUGUCCCACAAAUAAUCCAAGGGGAUGAAUCUGCAUGGAGGACAGAUGAAGAAUUUGGAAGAGAAAUGUUGGCAGGGAUAAACCCUGUUGUGAUCAGACGCCUCCAAGAGUUCCCUCCAUGUAGCAAAUUAGACCCUAGAAAAUUCGGGAACCAAAACAGUACAAUGACUGAAGACCACAUAAAACAUCAGUUAGAUGGAUUGAGUGUCUUGGAGGGAAUCAAUUGCAACAAGCUGUUUAUAUUAGACCACCAUGAUCCAUUGAUGCCAUAUCUGAGGGGUAUAAAUGAAACUUCCACCAAGACAUACGCCACACGGACUAUCUUGUUCUUGCAAAAAGACGGGACUUUGAAGCCAGUAGCAAUCGAAUUGAGUUUGCCACAUCCAGAUGGUGAUGAAUUUGGAGUUAUUAGUACAGUUAACACACCCGCAAAAGAAGGGGCAAAAGGGACAAUUUGGUUGUUGGCAAAAGCAUAUGCUAAUGUAAACGACUCGGGAUACCAUCAACUUGUUUGUCAUUGGUUGCAUACUCAUGCUUCAAUGGAGCCAUUUAUAAUUGCAACAAAUAGGCAGCUAAGUGUACUUCAUCCAAUUCAUAAACUAUUGCAUCCUCAUUUCCGUGACACGAUGAAUAUUAAUGCCCUUGCACGCCAAACACUCAUAAAUGCUGGUGGACUUCUUGAAAAAACGGUUUUUCCUGACAAAUAUGCCAUGGACUUGUCGUGUAAUAUGUACAAAGAGUGGGCUUUCACAGAACAAGCACUUCCUGCUGAUUUAAUCAAGAGAGGAUUAGCCGUAGAGGACCCAUCCUCCCGCCAUGGGGUCCGCCUCAUUAUCCAAGACUACCCGUUUGCAGUCGAUGGGCUCGAGGUAUGGUCCGCAAUAAAAUCAUGGGUAACAAACUACAUCAACAUCUACUACAAAAACAAUGAAAUACAACACGACGCCGAGCUUCAACAAUGGUGGACCGAGGUCCGAACCAAGGGCCACGGGGACAAAAAACAUGAAACGUGGUGGCCCACAAUGCAAACCCGCGAUGACCUCAUCCAAUCAUGCACCAUCAUCAUAUGGACUGCUUCCGCCUUACACGCAGCGGUCAACUUCGGCCAGUACCCUUACGGAGGGUACCUCCCGAACCGACCCGCUACGAGUCGCCGAUUCUUACCUGAACCGGCGACUGCUGACUAUGACGAGCUCAAGACUGACCCCGAGAAGGCGUUUUUGAAAACCGUGACACCACAGCUUCAAAGUGUGCUUGGGAUUUCAUUGAUUGAGAUUUUGUCAAGGCAUUCGGCGGAUGAGGUGUUUUUAGGGCAACGGGAUACACCCGAGUGGACAAAUGAUGACGUGGUGUUGGAUGCGUUUGAGAAAUUUGGGGAGGAUUUGAGGGAGAUUGAAGGAAGGAUUUUGGAGCUGAAUUUGGAUGAGAAAUUGAAGAAUAGGAAUGGGCCCGCUAAAAUGCCUUAUACUUUGCUUUAUCCGAGUAGCGAAAUCGGGCUUACGGGUCGUGGGAUUCCAAAUAGUGUCUCGAUUUGAAGUGGGAUUUGGUCAUAGGUAUUGUGAGUUACCUUUGAAGUAUGGUGUGUUGAAGGUUUUUUUAGGUUUGAAAUCGUGUUUUUGCUGUGUAACAUGGUAGUUUGUGACAAUAAACUAUAGUUGGUAAGUUUGGGU